AAAAUUAUUAUUAUGAUUAUGAUUACCCUUGAGCAGAGACUGGCUGGCCGUCUAUCGGGAGGGAUCGGAUGGUGCCUUUCCCGGCCCCAACCCGGCCUCGGUCCUUCCCGAAAAGGCUUGUCCGGAGUCCAGUGUCCACCUGUUGCUGUCCGUCAAGAGAGACAGGCGUCCGUCUGAUCCCAGCGAGAGACAAGACGAGGGCCAGGCGGAAAGGCUUUGCGCUCCUUGGGGAUCCCUCCCGCCAUGGCCUCCGGACCCUGCGAAGCCCUGGAACCGGCGGGCGAAGACCCCCAAGAGAGCCCCCAAGUGGACCCCCGGAAGCAGGGCCAAGGAGAUGCCAAGAAGCCUUCGAGCCAAGAAGAGAUGCUCAGCACCCCUAAUGGCAUAGACAAGGCAGAGACGGAGAAGCUCCACGUCGUGGACAAGGACCUGGAGGAGUUUGUGGACAGCGUGGCCGAGGUGGCCCGACCGGCCCGCCGGCCAGUGACCCCCCCGAAGGCUCCGGCCAAGUCGCCCCGGGCCGAACAAGUGGCCGAGAAGGUGCUUCGGGCAGAAAAAGUGACUGAAAGGCCACCGCCGAGAGCGGAGAAAGCGCCCGUGAGCCAUCCGGCUCCCAAAAUGGUCCCGGCGAAGAGGAAAACCACCCCGAAAGAGACCCUCCCGUGGGAAGGACUCACCCUCAAUAAGUGCCUCCUCGUGGCCUCCGUGGUGGCCCUGCUGAGUGUCAGCUGCCAAGUGGUCCAAGAUAUAAUCGACUACGGUGAAACCAUCCUCAAGGCAGAACUGGAAGCCUGGUCCCAGCAAGAGGAUAGCACUGGCGAACUGGACGAGCGGUGGUUUUACGAGCGGUGGCUCGACUGGUCGGACACGGAGGAGCCGCCGGAUAUCGAGGAAGAAGAGGAAGAAGAGGAAGAAGAGACGGUGGAAAUGGAGGAAGAAGAGGAGGAGAAGGAAGCAACGGAGGAGGAGAAAGAGGAGGACGAAGAGCACGACGAGGACGACGAGGAGCGUUCUGGGAAACAGCCAGCGGUGAAGAAGAGCCGGAGAGAGAAGCCGGCCAAAGAGCAGGCGGUCAAGGGUCUCAAGGCCGGACCGAAGGAAGAGGAAGUCCGGCGUAGAAAGGGGAAAGAAGAGAAAGAGGAGAGCAAGGUGCGGACGCGGAUACGGAGCCCCAAAGAGAAAGAGGAGGAGAGCAAGGCACGGAUACGGAGCCCGAAAGAGGAGGGCAAGAGGUUUUCGCGGAUAUGGAGCCCGAAAGGAGGACGAGACGAGGCCGAAAAGGCCCGGCGCAAAGCCGAGAAGGACUACAAAGCCCAUGAGCGGAAGGAGAGGAAGCCCACGAGACACGCCUGAGGACCCCCUCCUCGUUUUCCUGACCGCAAUCCCGUUUGGUUCCCGUCUCGGAAAAUGUCCCGGUUUCCCUCCCCUCCCGCCUCGGUUCGCAGCCCGUUUGAGCCGCUUCAAGCACUCCUCGAGAGCCCGAUUCGCCCUUCCCGCUGCCGCCGCUCUCAUGUCUUGUGUAUAGGUUUGUGUCCACAUUCUCGACCAUCUCCCGAUGCCGUUCGGACACACAACUUGAAGAACCGUGCUUUCUCCCUUCUCCGGCUCUGAAAGAGACUCCUUUGCUAUGUCGCUCCUAAACGCUCCAGCACUCCAUUGAUUACCAUGUAUUACUAUAUCGAUAUGUAUUAUUAGACAGACAAUAUAUAGGCAUGUAUUGGCCGUCGCUGGGCUGCUUUCCCCCUUCUCCAGCUCUGGAAAGGACUCCUUUGCUACGUCUCCAGCUGUAAGUCGCUCCUAGAUGCUCUACGAAUCCAUUGAUUACCAUGUAUUACUAUAUCGAUAGCCAUUGAUUACUAUGUAUUAUUAUAUAGCCAAUAUAUAGGUAUGUAUUGGCCAUCGCUGGGCUGCUUUCCCCUUUCUCCAGCUCUGGAACGGACUCCUUUGCUAUGUCUUCUAGACGCUCCAGCCCUCCUUCAUUGAUUACCAUCUAUUAUUGUAUUGAUAACCAAUAUAUAUGUAUGUAUUAGCUGUAGCUGGGCUGCUUUCCCCCUUCUCCAGCUCUGGAAUGGACUCCU